AUGGGUAUAGCCUACGAGUCUAUAUGCCUACCUGGUGCGACAGUGGAUUCCGGAUUCGAUAAAAUUAAUGAAUUGCAAGCUGCUGAAGUUUUACUAUCACUGGCCAAAGGUUCAUGCUCGAACUGGUCAAUAUUUCCACAAAAUAAAUCAUCAGUAACCCAAAAUUUUUAUUGUUCCGAAUAUCAUCGAAAUAUGUUUAAAGAGUCAGUUAUACAAAAAACAGGAGAAAAUGAACCAAGGAGUAAAUCUCAAUCCUACUUAACAUUAGAUGGAAAUUUACAUCGGAAUAUAAAAUUUAAACUUCAUCGGAUUAAAUCUUUAACUAAUAAGGAAUCACAAUCAUCAAUUAAUUUCGAUAAAUUGCAAAAAGUUCCGGAAACUAUUCCUCAUCAAAAUGUCAGUUCAUUUAGCCCUAUCAUGAAUACACCUAAUUUACAAAUAUCAAAUCCUUCUUUAGAAACAUCAAGCAAUGAACAGGUAUCUUUCUACAAUAAUCAAUCUUCUUUGAAUAAUUUAAACACUAAUUGGUCAAAUAAUCUACCUAUUAACACUGGUGAAUCUCACCUUCUAACUAAGUCAUUUCAACAAAUCGAUGAAAAUUCUUCUGAUUCUAAGCAUAUUCCAUCGACUAAUAAAACAAAUCAAUUUACUACUGAUAACCGAGUUACUUUUACUCUUUGGAAUGAUUGUGAACUUUCUUCUACAGCUUCUAAUUCUUUCAAUUGUGAAAAUGAUAAUCACAAAAGUGUUGAACAACACCAAUACAUUUUGGAUCGAUUACUUCAUACCAACUCUGAUCUUACAACAUUACUGCAUUCAUCAUUAUCAUCAUCAACGACAACAAAUGAUACAUUUCGAUCAUCUAAUUCAGAUUCACAGCUUUUACGGUAUGAUUUAAAUGAUUUUCCUCAGUGUACACUAACUCAUUAUUAUGAUCAAAUGGUUGGUAGACAACCUAUCGAUGAAACAAUAACAUCAAGAAACCGUGACAGUUAUUUAUCAGUUAUUUCCAGCCCACCAUGUACUGAACAAUAUUGUACUAAUGUGAACCAAAAUUUCACUCCAACUGUAAUUAAUGAUAAUACAUCGAGUAUCAAAUUACAAAAUACAACAACUGAUUUAAUAUUUUCAAAUGUGAACUGUUCAACUGUUUCAUAUUGUACUAUGAUGACAUCACCCAUUACUAAUACUAAUAAUACAAUCAUUACCAAUCUUACUGCCCCAGUGAGUAGUAAUACUAGUAAUCCUAAUAAUAAUAAUAAUGGCUCAGAAAGAGUGAAAUCUUAUCGAUGCAACUUUGAUGGUUGCACAAAAGCUUAUUUCAAAAGUUCUCAUCUUAAAGCUCAUAUCCGUGUUCAUACAGGUGAAAAACCAUAUAUUUGUGAUUGGAAUCAUUGUGAUCGAAAAUUUGCACGUUCCGAUGAAUUAUCCCGUCAUCGUAGAGCACAUACAGGUGAACGUAAUUUUAUUUGUCAACGUUGUCCACGACGAUUUACACGUAGUGAUCAUCUUAGUAAACAUUUACGGAGACAUAAUUCUCUAAUGACAUUAAAAUAA